UAUUUUGAAAGCCGUUAUAACUGGCGCUUGUUUCGCUCGGCCAGCUGCAGGCAGGACAGGUCCAAGCCAGAUUAACUAGCAAUGUCUACGUCUGCAGACAUCGAAGAUGAGGAGGACGAUGUUGAGUUUGUAUCAGAAGGGCCUCUCCGACCAGUCUUGGAGUGCAUAGACCUCCUGAGUGAUGGAGAAGACGAUGCAGGUGUUUGUACGAUUGAGGAUCAGGUUGACAAACAGAAAGCCCAUGCUGCGUCCACCUUGGACAGACUGGCUCGUCAGGUUGCUGCGGAGAAACAAGAGCGGGCAGAAAAGUGCAAAGCCUUUAAGGAGAAGAUGAUUUCGCUGCAAGCUCACGGCCGUCAGGAGUUGGCAGUCAGCCGUUGCAGCAGUGGGGAGAGUAAUGAUGCCAAACGCUGUGUGGACAUAUGGCUGAAAAUGCCAGGAUUAAAGCCUGGUGUCCUCCACACUGGCACAAGCUGGAGGCGCAGAUCUGCUCCUGCUUCCGCGUUCAAGUCCUCCCCUCAAACCUGCCCUGUGAUUAACUGUGGCAGAGUUUAUGAUAACAUCCCUCUCCUCGAGGGUCACCUUAAAAGAUUUGACCACUCUCCGUGUGACCCCACCAUCACCCUUAAAGGCCACUCCACACCUGUCUAUGCCUGUGUGGCCUGUGGUCAGCACUUUGACACCAAAGAGUUAUGGAGGACACACAUGGACUCAAAGUUGUCCUCCUCAGAUGCCAGGGGCCAUGUCAGCUCUCAAACCUGCCAGCUGAUUGUGUGCUUUGCUUGUCCUGCCUGCUACCUCCUCUUCAAUAUCCGAGACGAGUGUCUCCAGCAUAUGGCAGCCAGAAACCACUUCACUCAGUCCAUCUCUCUAAGCGAUAUGAAAUCAUCAGCAGUGCCGAUUCCAGUUCCUCGAUAUGUAAAGGCCCGGCUCAUAGCUUUAUGUAAGGAUGUUGCCUUCAGUGUCAAAUGCACAGCUUGUUCAAAGGUGCUUGCCUCGCACAUGGAAGCCAAGGCACACUUUAAUGUGCACUGCAGACAAGGCUGUGCUAUUGCUGAAGCUGAUCAAACUGUGGCUCAGAUCAUGAAGCAAAUGACAGUUUUGGGCCAGUGCUCCUCCUGCGCCAAAACUUUCCUCCGCCGGAGGCAGAUAGAGGAGCACAGAGAGCAGACGCAGCACGAGGUGGAGAUGAUUGGCAGUGUGGAGAAGGUGCUUCUCUGCUACAGCAACUACUGUGAAAUGCGACACGGCGUCAAGGACGCCAGCGGUCACCCUUCUAAACGUGCUGGCGCAACCGAAGAUUCAGCACGUCGAGAUAGGAGAGGGAAAAACGAGUCUCCUGCCAAGCGUCAGAGGCUCUCCAGCUCAGGUUCUCAAGCAGACUGCGAGAGAGCUUUAAACCUUGCCUGGUUCUGCGAGUGUGGCCUGCGGUUCCUGGAGGAGGAUCAGGCCAACAAGCAUCUUCUAGCAGCCAAUCAGAUCUUCCACAAGUGUGCCGUCUGUGGCAAGCUGAUGGGCGAGUCGUCCGUCGCUCGGUUGCACAUGAGCAGAUUUCACGGCGGUGCUCAUCUGUCCAAUUUCCUGUUCUUCUGCAGGCUGUGCAAAGUACAAAUGCCGAGGAUGGAAGAUAUCCUGUCUCACGUUGGUGUUGCCCACCAGGGGCACACUUAUUAUGAAGAAAGAGAGGAUGUAGUAGAAAAGAUCUUGGCCAGUCCUUCCCCGAAACCCUCUACUAGUGCUGCAGAGAGCAGGCCGACGGUUAAUUCUCACGUUCGUCCUCGUAAACGUGAGGAACGGUGGCUAUGCAGAAUGUGUGAGGACCUGUUUGACUCCGAAGCGGUGGUCCACAAGCACUGCAGCGAUGUGAACAGCCACAGCUUCCAGAGGUUUGCUUGUGGCCACUGCCCCCAGAAGUUUUUCAAAGAGUCCACUCUCCGCCGGCACUGUGCCAACGAGCAUGACGACCAGCUGCUCCUUCGCUACUUCUGUGGACUCUGCGACAGCAUGCUGUACGACUCCGAGCAGGAGUUCCAGGAGCACUACGUUAGUCUGCACAGCAAGGAUUACUACUGCUUGGACAAGACGGAGAACGGAUCUGAUCCGAUCCCGGAUAGCUCUGUGGAGAUGCCAACGACAAGCAAAAACCUCCCCCAGCUCUGUCCCUGCAUGAGCUUCCAAAAAGGCAAUGAUGAGAAGAAGUCCACCUUCACGAGGUGCAUGAAGCAGCUGGCCAGCGAAGACAAAUGCACCUACGUCUGUCACCGAUGCACGACGAAGGUCUGUUCCUACGCUGAGAUGAAAACGCACAUGUACUUGAAGCACAAGGCCCCGGGCAAGGACAAGAGCUUUGACGUUGUCUGUCUGUCGUGCUCCAAGAGCCACAGGGAUGUUCCCAGUUUCCACUCGCACUACCAUGAGCAUCACUGCUUACUGGAACCCUGUGUGUCCUCUAGAACCAAUGGCACAGACAAGGAGUCCCCCCUCCCCAAGGUUUUGAAGGCAGAGGAAAUCUCUGCAGACAGGAACGCUGAGGAGUUUCAGGAGGUAAAGAGUGCCAUUGCUUCGAGCAUCGAUGUUUCUAAAGAAGAUCCUGAGGAUUGUAAAGAUGACUUCGAUGAGGAGGUGAAACUGGCCUUGGCUUUAAGUGCAGAGGAGGCGAAGAAGCCGACAGAGUUUGAUCGAGACAUGGAAGAAGCACUGAAAAGAAGCCUGCAGGACUUCUGAUGAGGCUAAUCUGAUUGUUUAUUUUCACCUUCUAUAUGUUUCUGUAAAAAGUCUUUGUGAAUGUGUUCUGAACAUUAAAUAAAGAGAACUGAAGAGCU